AUGGUUGUCUCACUUCUCCGAUGGUACAACGCCCGCCUCGCCGCGCGGCCUCUUCUCACACAAAGCAUCACCACCGCUGUGCUAUUCGCCACCGGUGACAUUACCGCCCAGCAGCUCGUUGACCAGCGCGGCCUGGAAAAGCACGACUUUGCCCGCACUGGCCGCAUGGCUCUGUACGGAGGUGUCGUCUUUGGACCUGCCGCCACCACCUGGUUCAACUUCCUCGCCCGCCGCGUCACCUUCACCAACAAGCGCGUCGAGACCCUCGCCCGCGUCUGCGUCGACCAGUCCGUCUUCGCACCCACCAUGAUCGGCGUCUUCCUCAGCAGCAUGGCCACCAUGGAGGGCGCCUCAGCCUCCGAGCGCCUCGAGAAGACCUGGUGGCCCGCCCUCCGCACCAACUGGAUGGUCUGGCCCUUUGUCCAGACCAUCAACUUUGCCUUCCUCCCGCUCCAGUACCGCGUGCUCUUUGCCAACAUCAUCUCCAUCGGCUGGAACAGCUACUUGAGCUGGGUCAACAGCAAGUAA